AUGCCGCCUUGUAGCAUCCUCUGUUCCGAGCGGGUCGGCAGGGUCACAAAGACCUACCAUGAUCUUGACGCGGUGACCAACCUGCUGGAGGAGAAGGAGCGGGACCUGGAGCUCGCGGCCCGGAUCGGGCAGUCCCUGCUGAAGCAGAACCGGAGCCUGACGGAGCGUAACGAGCUCCUGGAGGAGCAGCUGGAACUGGCCAAGGAGGAGAUUGCCCAGCUGCGGCACGAGGUUUCCAUGCGGGAUGAUCUGCUCCAUCUCUACACCAACACCGUGGAGGACAGCGAGCCGGCCACAGCCACUGCCACGCCGCUUCGGCGGAACGAGUCCUCGCUGUCCCUGCAGCAGCACGUGCAGUACGACGCCCUGCAGCAGAAACUCAGGGGCCUGGAGGAGGAGAACCAGAAGCUGCGCUUGGAG